AUGCCUCUUUGGAUGCCGUACGCGGAAAAAGCGCUGGACUUGAGUCGGCCAGUGAAAAAGGAACGCGUGUCUCCGGCGUCCCGCACCGAGGGAUACUCCAACCCAUACCUACCUUCAAGAGAUUGUACUUUUGUUUCACCAAACAGUGAUUAUGUGCCCUCUGCUCAAAUCUGUUUGCCACAGUUAUACCCAGCCGCAAACUGGAAAUCGAAGACUACGCCAUCACCACUACAGUCACCGAAACUGUACGAUACGGAGUCCCUGUACGACGAUAUUGAGUACCAGACAUUUGAAAGGGAAGCAAUGAUAGCGAUGUCGGGGAGAAAUGGCGGCAGCCUGGUGGGGAACAACCCGCGGAUGAGGAGAUCGGUACAGAGUAACCAGGAAGACGACGACGGCUACCGGAAGCAGCGAGCGCGGAAUAACUUUGCAGCGAAACAGAGCCGCGAUCGGCGAAAACUGCGCGAGGUACGGCUGGCCCUCCAGGUUACCUUUCUUAGGAAGAAGCUGGCAGCGCUUCGAACCGCGGUCUCCGAGCCGCAGUGCCCGCACUGCCGGUCACACUGCCUGUGCUAA